UUUAAGAAGUUAAAUUAUAUAUAAUCGUGUUCAAUAUUACGACCUCACUUCCUCACAUAUCGGAGAUAAAAAUGCAGUUACGUUUGUUUAUUGUUACCUACUAAAUUAACUACAAUGUUAGGAUAAUUUUACACCAUUUGUGAUUUCACCAUAAGUUUGUGUAGUCACACUAAAUACAGACAAUUUUCAGUUUUUAUUCCUGAACCCAAGAUGAUACUAUAAUGUGCGCAGUGCGAAGAUUUUUAAUAAAAAAUUUGAGACUGCUUAUUUAGUUUGACGAUGCAAUCUUAUGGUAAGAAUACAGAAGGACUCUAGCGUUUAUUAUCCUUGUACAGAAAAUUAAAAACAGUUUUUAGGAUUUUCAUUCAAAACGAUAUGAUUACAACUUGUUACUACUAACUAAGAAUUUACACGUGUUAUAAAUUAUGGUCCAUAUAUUUUAGACAUAGUAUUGCAACAUGUAUCAAACAGAGCAAAAAAAAAUAUAAAAAUAUUUUAAUAAACGUAUACAAAGUUACAAACGUGUUAGAAGAUAUAAGUUACGUAUUUGGUUAAAUUAAUAUAUAAAGCUUUGCUUUCGUUUGUUACAGUCGUUUAAUAAAAUUUAUUACUGAAAAAUUGUUUCAUUUAUUUACACAACAGUUAUUUAAUUAUAUUAAUAAGUUUUAAAAUUGAUAUUUUAUUGUAUGUAUCUAGUUUGGGGUUUAAGUUAUGGGUUCUGUACCCUUACGUUGGAAAAAUAAAAGAAAUAAGCCUUUUAAGGAUUCAAAUAAAUCACUUUAAUCAUAGUACUCUAAAUUAUCAAAAAAUAAUAUCCAGUAUUUUCAAUUACAAUAAUUUUGUUGAGAUUUUCGUAACUGAUUUAUGGCAAGAUAACCAUUUCAAAAUUAUCCAAAAUGUUCUAUUUAGUAAGAAAAAACAUAUUUUUUUGAAUUUAUUUUAUGAAAAUUUUAUUAAUAGUAAUCAGAAUAUUAAAUAAAAUUAAUAAAUAUUGUUUCCGGCCAUGUUUUGCAGUUGUUACAAAUUUUAAUGCAAUAGCAACACCAAGUAUAAUUCCAAUAUGUCAGUCAAGCAGUGGAGAGGUUCAGUAAUCCUGUUUAUUGUAAAUUGUAGAUACAUUAAGUGAUGAUGAGUUUAAAAUGACACAAUAAAGCAAAAGUAGGACUGUUUUAGUUUUUAUUGUUUUAGAAUCCUUAAUAAAUUAUGUUUUAUAGUUGAUCCCAGAUCUAGGAAGAUAUUAAUUUGUUGUUAUUUAUUGUUUUAACUAAUCUGAACCGAGACUCAAGCCAAAGUAGACAUGGUCGUGUUGUUAAACAUGUUAUUUCAGUGAUCGUUUAUUAGUAUAACUAUUUUUUGUAAUGUAAAUAAAAAAUCUUGUUUGGACGCGCAUGCGUUUGUGUGGAAAACAGACAAAGGUUUUGUGUAGUUCUUAAAUCAGCUGUGUGCAAUGACUUAGUGAUACAAAAAGUGUGUGUGUUUUUAGCGACAAUGUUUAGUGAAAUUGGAUACAUAAUUUUUCUUCUUCUCGCCUUUCCUUAUAUUGAAAGUGCAUCUCGAAGGCUCAGCGAAUACGUUGAAUACUACGAGCCCCUGGAGUACGAUUCUACAUCAAUCCACGCACAGCACAUUCGCACACGACGUUCGUCUGAUGCGCCACAUUUGCGUAUUAGCUUCCAUGCUCACGGCAGACACUUCCAUUUGCGUCUACGACGGGAUGUAUCAGCUUUUAGUCCGGAUUUCAAAGUUGAAGGAGCGCAGGGUCAGCUACAUGAUGUUGACACGUCACAUAUAUAUCAGGGAGAUUUGGUUGACGAGCCCGGUUCAACGGUUUUCGGCUCGGUGACGGAUGGCGUGUUCGAGGGCAAAAUAGUGCUAAAUGACGGCGCCUACUACGUAGAACACGCCCGGCGCUACUUCCCACCCAACAGUACCAAGACUCGCGUACACUCGGUUAUAUACCACGAGGGAGACGUUGUAGAUCCAUACGCUCAUAGAAGACACGGUCAUGUUGGUGGAUGUGGAGUGACCGAUGAAGUGGUACAGUGGAUGGAGCGUAUACAGAACUCUGGUGUUGACGAUGAGCCUACCACCACUCCGAUGCACUCGCCUGCUCCCAGCCAGCCCCAUCCAAACAGCCUCAGGGAUGAUACCACCAGUUCCAGACAUUGGGAUUUCAACCAUUACAACAAAUAUUCAAGAGCGGCGAACACGAACGAACACACGCGAACACGUCGUGCUGCGGAGGGUAAGGCGAAGAACACGUGCUCGCUCUACAUCCAGACUGAUCCAUUGAUAUGGAGACAUGUCAGGGGGGGAUUCCCUGAUCACAUGGAUAUGAAUAAGAAAAACGAAGUGGACAUGAAGACGCGCGAGGAGAUACUGUCGCUGAUCUCACACCACGUGACAGCUGUCAACUAUAUAUACAGAUAUACAAAGUUCGACGGGCGGAAGGAACACAGAAACAUACAGUUUGAAGUACAGAGGAUAAAGAUCGACGACGACUCGUCCUGCAACACGAAUCCAUUCGCGAGUGAGACGAACCAGUUCUGUCUGGAGAACAUUGACGUCUCCAACUUCCUGAACCUCCACUCGCUCGGCAAUCACGAAGACUUCUGUCUGGCUUACGUCUUCACAUACAGGGAUUUUAAUGGCGGGACAUUAGGCCUGGCGUGGGUGGCGAGCGCUAGUGGCGCCUCUGGCGGAAUCUGCGAGAAGUAUAAAACGUACACCGAGACCACUGGCGGGAUGUACCAGAGCACCAAGAGGUCACUCAACACUGGCAUCAUUACAUUCGUCAACUACAAUAGUAGAGUACCACCUAAAGUCAGCCAGCUCACAUUGGCCCACGAGAUAGGUCACAACUUCGGAUCACCGCACGACUACCCGUCCGAGUGUCGUCCGGGCGGCCAGCAGGGUAACUACAUAAUGUUCGCGUCCGCUACCUCCGGGGAUCGGCCCAACAACAGUCGUUUCUCAGCGUGCUCGGUGGGGAACAUCAGCGCCGUCCUGGACGCGGUCAAGGACGGCCGGAAGAGGGACUGUCUCAAGGAGAGCGACGGAGCGUUCUGUGGGAACAAGAUCGUAGAAGUAGGGGAGGAGUGUGAUUGCGGUUACAAUGAAAACGAAUGUAAGGAUCGCUGUUGUUACCCGCGUCUCGUCAGCCCUUACGACUUCGAGCGUAACAACAGCGCCGUGGGCUGUCAGAGGCGAGCCAACACGCAGUGCAGUCCGUCUCAAGGUCCGUGCUGUAGUCCCACGUGUCAGUUCACGCCCGCGUCUCGUAAUGUGACGUGUCGCGCGGCCAGCGAGUGCAGCCUGGCCUCGUACUGUUCGGGGACCUCUGCCGAAUGUCCUGCGCCGCAGGCUAUGGCUAACGGCACCGUCUGCAAUAACGGCACGCAGCUGUGUAUAUACGGCGAAUGCCGAGGUUCUAUAUGUCUGGCGUGGAACAUGAAGGAGUGUUUCCUGUCCUCGUCACCGACCAAGGUAGGGGACGGCGUGACGGCGGUGGUGGACCGCCGGCUGCUCUGCCAGCUGGCGUGUCAGACCGGCCCCGAGCCCGACAGCUGCAGGAGUACGGCGGAGUUCGCGCACACGGUCGGCCUGCCGCCGGGUGGGAUCAGCCUGCGACCCGGCUCGCCCUGUGAUAACUUCCAGGGCUACUGCGAUGUGUUCCUAAAGUGUCGAGCCGUCGACGCCGAGGGACCUCUGGUUAAAUUGAAGAACCUUCUUCUGAACCGCGCGACGCUGCAGUCCCUACAAGCCUGGGUCACGGAACAGUGGUGGGCGGUGCUGCUGGGCGGGGUGGCGCUCGUCGUUUGUAUGGGAGCCUUCGUUAAAUGCUGCGCCGUCCACACCCCAUCUUCGAACCCCAAGCGGCCGCCCGCUAGACGCUUAUCUGAGACCCUGCGUCGUCCUAUGAACACUCUCCGGCGCAUGCGCGGUCAGCCGGGCAUGGCGGCGGCGGGGGCGCGGCGGGGGGGCGCCCGACCCGCACGCACCCCGCAGCGGAGGACACGACCUCACAAGGGAUACGCGCCACCACUAGCGUACUCCGCCAGGGACAUGGCGUCAGCGCCGGCGGGUCCGAGCGGUCGCCGCGGCGAGCCGUACGCUAACGCCUACCCGCAGUCCUACGAGAUGCGACCUCAAAAGGUCUGACAGUACGAGCCGCGCGCCCAGCUCGAGCUGGUGGCGCUACCGGGCGUGCCGCUGCUGCUGGGAUACGUGUGCCGCACCCCCACACCCACGCGCACCACCGUCGCCUCGCAGACUAACAUCACCCUGCACUCGCCAGACACGCUGGCAGUCACACACGCUAACGACACCGCCGGCUAGUCCGACGCAUCACCACCCUCCUCUCCCCCCCCCUUCCCACACACAUACACAGCCGCCUACGAUAUGUAUAAAAUACCAUUCCAUUUUUGAAUUUGUUAAGAGCCCGCGUUUUCUUGUUCACUCCUUACCGGCUAGCUCAUCCCCACUCCUGGCUUUGUUUAUUCUAAUCAGACUGUCAUUGUUAAAGACCAGCGACGGCUCCCGAACAUUCACCUCUAUAGUUUGUAGCAUUCCAUAUUUUGUCGUCUUACAUACGAGUGUGGGUUGUUUGGAACUGAAACGAUGUGAACGUUAAUAAGGUCGUUGGUGUAAAGUAUGUAACAACGACCGCUGCGUUUCCUUUGUAAAUGUAAAUACCGAGUCUUGUUACGCCAACGUCGACCGUGCAACUGAUGUAGUGAGGCGUCCGAGCGCGAGUUGCUCAACAGCGAGCUCAAUCCGACCGCGAGGUGUUCUAUCAUAUUAGCUAUUAUUUUUAUACGUAAUAAAGUAGGAGGCGUUUUUCUGAAUACGCUCGACGACGCUCCGACGGGACAUUUAUGUAUAUUUUUGUAUAUAAGUGAUGAUUAUGUAAAGGCUACAAUGUAAAAAUAUCAUACAAAUAAAUAUUAUACUCGUACCGAUAUUAGACUUAAUGUAAGCCGAACGUAAUUUUUAUAUAAUUUUAUUUCGAUUGUAUUGUAAAGUAAGCGGAGUGUUGAGGUGCCAUUAUGACGAUUUGUAAUUCAAUUUUUGUUACACCUUCUUAGCGAAUUGUAGUCCUUUACGAACUUUGUGAUUUAUAUCAUUAGAUCUGUUGGCUCAAAUAUCAUUUAGAAGUUACGUAAACGAAAUGUCACAGAAUUAGUUUGUUGUGUUCCUUGUGAUAUAUGUGAACACAAUGUGUGUAUGAGUAAGUUUCCUGAACGAUCUGCUUAUAUAAAUCAGUCUUCCUCAAACAUCUUUGUAUUUGUUUAUUUGUAGUUAUGAGAAUUUUAAUAACUAUUGCCAAAUGAUCAAACGUUAUUAGACUGAUGUUACGUCUCGACCUUGUGAUGAAAGUUGCAUUUUAAUUAUCAUCGGCUCAAACGUGUUGUUGUUGGACGGUUUUGUUUUUAUUAUUAUUGUACGUGUCCGUGACGUAACUGGAGGUACUGCGAUCUCGUCUCCGGCGGUCGCGGGACAUCGCUCGUUCACUUCAGACGUUCUUUAUUGUAGUGAUCGAUCGCAUACCGUAAUGUAACAUUCGUCGUGCAAGCCAAAGAGCAUGAUGUACGUUUAAGUUUUCUAUACAAUGAUAGUUAAGAGUCAAUCUUUAUAAGUAUUCCAUAUAAACGCCAUUUUAUUAGACGAUGUUAACGAGUACAUGUUCAUGUUAUAUUUAAAUAUAAAUACUGUAUAUUUGUAUGUAUGUAUAACCUUGGGUGAUGUUUCAUACGUAGCGUGACUCGACCAAUGACGACGGCCGCAUGACCGUCUCGUAGUUAUCGAUGGCAUUAUGUCUUGUAAGUGUAAGCUAGUUUACCAACAAUAGAAUAAAUAAUGUGAAUAUUUUUAAUUAACAAGAUGAAUGUUACAACAUGUGAUUUCAAAAUAACAAAAAAAAUACAAUAAAUUUUACAUAAAA